CUUCUACAGUUUUUUUUUUUUUUUCCCCCCUUAAGAAGCAGCCAAAUACUGGCAGGAGAAGAGGCAUUAAUGGCUUGCGAUCCCAUCCCUUUCUCAGCUGCUUCGCCAUUUCUUCCUUCCUACUCACAGAAUUUCCUUUCCCCACCACCAUUCACCACCCACUCCUCGCGCUCACCCACCCCCCUUCAUCACUCCAUUCAUCAAUUUGGCCAUCCUUCCCCGAUCCACCCACACCCUCUUAGGUGGUCAUCAAUCGCCUCCUCUGGAUCCUCCAUUAGAUAGUCCUUCCAAUUCUCCUCAGAGAAGAAUCUUGUCUGAAUUGCUCCUUUGUGUCUCCUGAAAUCCUUCUGCUCAAAGUAUUGUCUUAUACGUGCAUGCCGAGCAGAACCCAGUGGGAAUUUGGAUGGAUUUGGGAGGAGAGAAGGGAUGUCUUGCUGCGCCCAAUCCUGUCUAGGAGCGGGAGCCUUUUCUUUCUGGGAUGAAAUUACGGAAGGCGGGUGGAUAGAAGAAAGCCGGCUGGAAUGACUAAUAAGCUUCUCGCCAUCGCGACGCAGAUCAUGGUGAUAGCGAUCGUGGUCUCCGUCGUGCUGCUCUUCGUCGGCGUCGGAAUUCUGGUGCUGAUCCACGCCUGCAUCGUCGGGAGGGCCUUCCGAGGCCUCAGCGCCGCUGCAAGACCCGACCGGAGCGACGCCGCGGGCAAUGGCCUGUCGGCCGACGACUUGGAGAAGCUGCCUUGCUAUGAUUUCGAGCCCGGGGAGAAGGGGUGCAGCCCAAUUGAAUGCGCCGUGUGUUUGGAGAGCUUCAAGAUGGGAGAUAGGUGUAGGUUGUUACCUGUUUGUAAGCAUAGCUUUCAUGCCCAGUGUGUGGAUUCUUGGCUGUUGAGGUCCCCAAUCUGUCCGAUGUGCCGGACCAGUGCUGAUCGCCGGAAGGGCUGCGUCGACACAAGAGAGGGCGCAGUGGCAAUGGUGGGGAUUUCGUUCUAUGGAACUCUUGAGAGGUGGUGAAAACCAUCUUCAAGAAACAAAGCAAUUGGUUGUGACAAAAAGUUUUGAGUUUGAAAAGAGAGACUGGAAGAGUCAUUGCCAUGUGCAUUUAAGGUAACAUCCAAGAUCAGUAUUUAUGUCAACGUAUAUGCUUAUCUUAUUGUUCCACAUGGAGCAUUUUCUGAUUACAUCCUGUUGAUGUAUAAUUAUCUCAAUCUCUUGGAAGUAUUAAACAUUCUUGUUGAAUUGAUCUUACCAUUGAGCUCUAGAUUUAACACACAGUUAGACAAGCUGGCUUCAAUCAUGUGAUUCAAAUCAUUGAUGGUAGUGUAAUGUAUGCCAAACCAAAUUUUAUGUGCAGUCAGAUUCCUACAAAAUUAACCCACAAACAGGUUUGAACUGACCAUGAAAUGACAUAUCCCAAAUCAAAAUAAAUGUGUAUCGCCUGAUUCUGGAUUCAAAUAACCUCAUCGGUUCUGUCAUUGGUCAAAUCUGAUUCUGGUUUUCCAUAAGUAAACCAUUCUUAAAUGAAACAAAUAUCUACCCAAUCCUCAGUUGUAAGGUCUUUUAGUUGUUCUCAUUUCCAAGUACCCAUGCAAUGACCAAAUGAGUUCCUAUGAUCUGCAACAUGGUAAGUUCUAAUAUUGUCAGAUGUAACUGAAUAAUAAUAUGAUAAAUUUUUGGAAGAAUACGAUAUUAACUGCCAUGCCUUCUCAAAGUGCAUUUUUUCACCAUGAUUAAAUCUUUUUUGGUUGUUACUUUGUAGCUAAUUCUAAAACUGAACAUCAGUAGUUGCUUCAUAAUGCAUGAGUUGCAGCUGCAGUUUUAAAGAUUCUUUCUUGUUCAGUCACAUGUGGUUCAUAUUCACAUAGUUGGCAAGAGCUUUCUCAUGAGAACAGAAGUAUUUAUAACAACUUUGCCGAGCUUGAAUCUUAAGAAUUUGAUUAGUUGCCAAUGGGAAAAUAAGUUCAAGAGUACACCAGAAAAUUGGCGUUGCACUCUGUUAUUGGUAUUUUUGGUUUAUUGCUUUAUCUGCAUCAUUACUUAUCCUAAGAUGCCAUUAUGUCUUUUUAUCUCUGAUUCAUCAAAAAAAUGAUCCCAGUGGUGAAAGUAAAUCCAUGGAAGCACAGCAUAAUUGUCUAACAAUCUAUUCAUGAAAUUUUUUUGUGGGGCAAUUAUGUGGAAUAAGACUCAAGUAGCCAACCGUAGCCAUCCAAUUGAUACUGUAACCAUAUAAUAACCGAUACCCUAAUUUUUGGGCUGUGCGGGUCUGGCCAUAAUUCGCUAAUUUUGACAGCUUUUUUGUUUCAGUUAGAGAUAUAUCUAUCUAUGCAACCUCAUUGUGGUUAAAACUUUACAGUCUGAUAUGUUGGUUCUCUUCUUAACAUCCUCUUUUGUUAGAUAAAGGAUGCUAGUAUCAUAUUAUUACCUGCUACAAUAAGUUCUGACCGCAACAUUUUAGUUGAAAUCUGAUAUCAGGCAUCCCUCGAAGGAUAAAUGUAAUUUGGAUAAUUAUGAAUCUGAAAUACUACUGCAGUUUUCAUAAAACUGAAAUAGGCGCGUAGAAGUAGCUGAGGAUCGAUGUACAUUAUGUCCUCUUACUUUCACCGGCAUGUUUGCAGAAAACAGGUUCUACAUUCUUACAUCUGACAAAGAACUAAAGAAGUCAGGUAAUUAAAGCUUAGUGGCUCAAAACAUCUUCCUUGAACUAAUGAAGUAUUUUAUGCUUUGCAUUUUUUAGUAGAUGGUUCUGAGACAUGAUAGCAUUAUGAAAUGAUCUUCCAACCCAAUGGUGCAAUCCUAAUUUUGUUUGCAUCUAGAUUGACAUCUUCAUGCAACUCCUGCAUUCCUCUACUUGUGUCUUUUCUAGGAGAAGCUAGGUCAGCUCAAAGUUGGUGCCACUUAAAUGAGUUUUUUUUUUUUAAGAAAAAAGCAAAAUCAUCACGCAAUUAAGGUAAUGAAAUGGGGAACAAGGUGCAACCUGAUUUAACUCUAUGGUGCAAUCCUUUUUUUUUUUUUU